AUGGAACAACUGGACGCACUGCUCAUCGAGCCAGCCAACGACGAGGAGUUCGAGGCGUUGUGGUCCCAAGUUAUGACCAUGGCACCUCAACGCUCAGACCUCUUCCCGACGACGUCAACAGCCGCGCCGCUACUUGCUGCCGGGUCAGACCGCAAGACCAGCCUACCAGGCGGAGGGCUUCCGACGACCGGACUCCGGAGAACUCGGGGCAUCAACAUGCGCAUACCCCCAUGCACCUCCCGCGCACUUAUCGAGGAGGCCAGGAAGACAGGUCCCCGCCAAUGCUUUGUCCGGGCCGCAUCGGCGCCAAAGAGAGACGCCCCGGUGAUAGGGGUACGCGUGCAGCGGUCAUCCGCCACCAACGCCAGGAAGCUCGCGGCGCUCAUAGCCGAACCACCAUUGCCAAGCAAGGCGCCGCGACGACCAAUACGACCGACGGAGAAAACGGCUAGAGCCUCGGUGAACCUUCCACCGCCCACCGUCGCUCCGGCCGCACCGACAACCGCCACGAUCCACCGCACACCGUCUCAGCGGCCAACGACACCCAAGGUCCCACCGCGCGUACCGAGGCCGACAGGACACUAG